CAAGAGAGAGUAACAUCAUGUAACAUUGAGUGCUCGCACGUACAAACAUAAUAAUAUUUUACAAACCUGUAGUACUGACUGGCACUAAACUUGCUUGAGUGAGGCAAGACGGUUCAAUCAAUAGAGACGACAAUGAACUCGUUUCAUGUAAUGUUAAUUUUAUUAAGUUUUUGCCAAUGGGGUACAGUUCUCGCCAAAAAUUCAACAAAAUUAAGCGUUUUGUUUAUUAUGGUUGAUGACUUGCGGGCUACUGCGAAUAAAGAAGUGAAUCUAACUCAUAUCGCAAGAUUGGCGCGAAAUAGUGUUACUUUUACAAAUGCCUUUGCACAGCAAGCUCUGUGUGCACCAAGUAGAACUUCUCUUCUUACGGGUCGACGACCUGACUCCUUGCAUUUAUAUGACGCACACAGUUACUGGCGCGAACAAGUCGGCAAUUUCGUAACUUUACCACAGUAUUUCAAGUCUCAUGGCUACAAAACCUUCUCAGUAGGUAAAAUAUUCCAUCCCGGAAUUAGCUCAAACUACACCGAUGACUAUCCGUACAGCUGGUCCGAGCAGCCUUACCAUCCUCCAACUUUGAAGUACAAGAAUGCUCCUGUUUGCCCUGAUCGCCAAUUAAAGAAACGUAAAAGAAAUUUAGUAUGCCCAGUUCAUGUAGAUCAUCAACCUGGAAAAACUUUGCCGGACUUGGAGUCGUUAGAUUACGCUGUCGACAUUCUUGAAGACAAAGCUUUAAAGAAGCAACCGAUUUUUCUUGCUGUUGGAUUACAGAAGCCACAUAUACCGUUAAAAUUUCCAAAAGAGUUCUUAAAGAAGGUUCCCUUUAGAAAAAUUAUUCAACCACUACAACCUAAUAAGCCAGCAGGUAUGCCGUUGGUGGCUUGGCAUCCCUGGGUAGAUGUUCGCCGUAGGGACGAUAUAGCGAGAUUGGAUAUCCCAAUGCCAAUGGGCAUAAUGCCGAUGGAAUGGACAUUCAGAAUCAAGCAGAGUUAUUUCGCCGCUGCUUUAUACAUUGACGACAUAAUAGGAGCACUUUUGAGACGUGUUGAUCUCAAAAGAUUUAUUGUUGUUAUAACUAGUGACCAUGGUUGGUCCUUAGGAGAAAAUGGAAUGUGGGCUAAAUACAGCAAUUCAGAUUUCGCUCUCAAGGUUCCGCUCAUAAUCCACGCGCCCGGCUAUGAACCAAGGCUUAUUGAUUCUCCAGUGGAAUUAUUAGACAUAUUUCCUACGCUUGUGGAACUUGCACAUUUGUCCCAUAGGAAAGUACCUAGAUGCGCAUCGUUGGAGAAUGUUACUGAUUUAUGCUUUGAUGGCAAAAGCCUUGUACGUAUGAUGAAAGGGGACACAAAACCAUCAGCACAGUAUGCAAUUAGCCAAUAUCCUAGACCCAGCAAAAUUCCACAAAUAAAUAGUGAUGAACCGAAGUUGAAGGAUAUAAAAAUAAUGGGAUACAGUAUAAGAACAAAGCGUUUCAGAUAUACGGAAUGGAUCGGCUUUAAUAGCAUGACAUUUAAAAAGAUGUGGCAUAAAAAUUUUGGCACAGAAUUAUACGAUUACGCAUUAGAUCCAUAUGAAACAGAAAAUGUACAUUUGAAACCAGAAUAUAAAUCUCUAAAAUAUAAAUUACAAAAACAAUUAAGGUCACGGGUGGUUUAAAAAUAUUUUGGCUCUCAAAACCUCACUAAAGUUAAUUUACAAAUUAUAACACGUGUUAUAAUUUGACAACACAUAAUAUAAAAUAAAAAAUAAAGCAAACAUCACGGUUAUGUCUUUCAGUUACUUUAGAACAUCUGUAAACUCUGAGGCAUCUUCAAACACUACUUGA